AUGAUGCUUUUCUUCAUUCUACAGCGUGAAUGUAUCUCCAUCCAUGUUGGCCAGGCUGGUGUCCAGAUGGGCAAUGCCUGCUGGGAGCUGUACUGUUUGGAGCAUGGGAUCCAGCCCGAUGGGCAGAUGACAGGCGACAAGUCUUGUGGGGUUGUGGAUGACUCCUAUACAACAUUCUUCAGUCAUACAGGAUCUGGCAAACACGUACCCAGGGCUGUGUUUGUGGAUCUGGAACCCACUGUGAUUGAUGAAAUCCGUACUGGUACCUAUCGCCAGCUGUAUCACCCUGAGCAGCUCAUCACCGGGAAGGAAGAUGCUGCCAAUAACUAUGCCCGUGGGCACUAUACCAUUGGCAAGGAGCUGAUUGACUCUGUCUUGGACAGAAUCCGUAAGCUGGCUGACCAAUGCACGGGUCUCCAGGGCUUCCUGGUGUUCCACAGCUUCGGUGGAGGCACAGGCUCUGGAUUCACAUCCCUGCUGAUGGAACGUCUCUCUGUUGACUUUGGAAAGAAGUCCAAGCUGGAGUUUUCCAUCUACCCAGCUCCUCAGGUCUCCACAGCUGUGGUUGAACCUUACAACUCUAUCCUGACGACACACACCACUCUCGAACACUCAGACUGUGCCUUCAUGGUAGAUAAUGAAGCCAUCUAUGAUAUCUGCCGCAGAAACCUGGACAUUGAACGCCCAACCUACACCAAUUUGAAUCGGCUCAUUAGCCAGAUUGUGUCCUCCAUCACAGCCUCCCUUCGCUUUGAUGGCGCUUUGAAUGUUGACUUGACAGAGUUUCAGACCAAUUUAGUUCCCUAUCCACGUAUCCAUUUCCCUCUGGCUACCUAUGCCCCAGUC